CCGAAUCCCAGGAAGCCAUAGAAGCGGCGAUGGCGUUGUCGUCGACGGUGGUACCGCAGGCCAUUUCGCCAUCCAAAGAGAGCCACAUGCGUCGGUGUCCUGGAAAUGAUCGAUGCGCAGAUUGCAACCGCGUGUUUCCGCAGUGGGCGUCCGUGACAUUUGGCAUCCUCCUGUGCUUGGAUUGUGCUGGCAGACACAGGGCAUUAGGUGUUCAGACCAGCUACAUCAAGUCUCUCUCGAUGGACGCAUGGUCUACCCGAGAUCUAUUGCCGCUGGAACUCGGUGGCAAUGGCAAGUGGAACGCGGUCUGCGUCGCAGCGGGGCUGUCUCGCGAGUCCACGGCAGACAAGUACGGAUCCGUCAUUGCCGAUGCCUACCGCACGAGAAUGCAAACCGCCGUGCAGUCCGUGACGCCGUUCACCCUCGUGGAGAUGCUCACAUGGCUCAACCUGCCAUUGGACGUCCCCGCGGUGCCAUCAUCGUCGACAAGUCCCAUGCGGCGCCAUGCAUCGUCGAUCCAGCUGUCCACGCCGCAACUCCAACCGCCCGCGAUGGUCCAUCUCCGAAAGCAAGCGUCGCUCGAAGUCAAGUGCACGCUCUGCCACGACUUUGUAUCCGUGUCCAAGUUGGACAUGCACUCCCAGCGCUGCGCGGCCUCGUCCACCGACCUCCUCCAUGACACAUACGAAGAGCUCGAGUUCGACACGAUUCUCGGCCGGCACCCCACUGGGGGCGACACGCCCGCCCCGCUCGGCCUCAGCCUGGCAAAAUCCAUUCCGGAUGGCGGUACCCUCGUGUCCAAGAUCGUCCCUGGCGGCGAUGCCGACGUCGCCGGCGUCAUCGUGGGCAGCCAAGUGCUCAGUAUCAACCACGUCAAGUCGUCCAACUUUGACACGCUCAUGCAGUACCUGAGCCAGCCGUCCAUCCCGCGCCCGCUGACGUUUUCGUUCCGGAUACGGCGGCCCGUGGUCGUGCUGGACGUGACUUUUGACGACGACAACCCUCCUUCUCAAUUGCCCAAAACUGCUACUAGUACGAGUUGCUUUGAAAGUUGCUCCGACACUUCGUUUAAGCGCUCGUCGUUGGGGAUGGCUGUGGCCAUGUCUGUACACAACCAAUGCCGGGUCAUGUCUGUGGAUGCUGACGGCGCCGCCGCCAAGCGUGGCAUCGCCGUCGGAUGUACGAUUGUAGCCGUGAAUGAACAGACGUGUUCGGGUGCCCGGGGGGUGUUUGCAUCGCUGCAAAGCCUCGGGAAGGCCCGGCCGCUCCGGCUGCGCUUGCAUCGGUACACGAGUGCCGCCGACCACGAUGCGUCGUUGCUUCGAUUAUGGACUGGAUAAUCGAACAGCGUGCAUUUUAGUAGUAGUACAUACUAGUAGUAGUACAGUACUAGUAGUAAUCAUGGCGGCCGCUAAAAAUAUUGGCAUAGAACGUCAAAUACAAUUAUGAGGGUCUGGUCGUG